CCUAAAUUGUAUACCUCGCAAACUCCUUUUGGGGUUUCUCUCUGUCUAUCCCCCAUAGUCCCAUGGCGAAGAACAGAAACAAGAAGAAGAAAGAUGGUGCUUCAGCCAUGGAUACCUCUGGCUCUACACAGAACCAAGAAGAUAUUUCUCAAGCGACGGACACAACCGAAACAAUAGCUUCAAAGGCUCCUGGUGUUCUCAACAGGAAGAUAAAGAAGGGUGUUACGAUAAGGAGAUCAAAGAACCUUCGUAAGAUGAAAGCCGUCGAGAAGGCUAUUUCAAGAGGCGAAAAGGAGGAAGAGAGAAUCGUGAAGAACGAAAACAAAACAUCGAGAACACAAUCCGCUAAAACAUUGUAUGAGUAGAUAUUUUUUUAGCCUUGAUUUUAAAUGGCGGAGCAAAAUAGAUAUAUUGUUGGUGUUAAUUUUAAAUGUCCAGGUAAAAUAGAUGCGGCAGAGCCGCAGAGAGGAUCCCGUUUCAUAUAUAAGCUUUGAUUGGUAUGUGAUAGUAUCUUGUCUUUGUUUUCCACCUUACUUAUAACAUUUCAUCUUGAAUUUGAUUACCAUUAAGGUUGUAUUACUCUA